AUGGACCCGGCGGGAGGGCGCGCGCUGCGGGAAACCGGCGCUGAUGUGGAGACCGUGUAUGUGGAGUACAGACCGCCGGCGCGAGACUUCUUCGAUCCGCCGCGCGCGCCGCUCUACGCUGCCAUGGGCGCCGCGCUCGUGCUGGUGGUCGCUUACGCUAUCGUGGGUCACCUGAUCAAAGACCUCAUGCACGAAUGCUUAGACUACACGCUGGGUCCGCAGGAAGAGGACCUGAAGGAGAACAGCGAAGGGGACAUGGCUAGCCCCUCCCACGUCCCUACACCCCUCCCCCUGUCUCACCCCAAUGCCUUUCACCUGUGGGAUCAGGACGACGUGGUGAUUCCUCUGUCUCCAAAAGAGAGUCCGCAGUCCAGCCCCCUGCUCACCGUCAUCCCCCACUUCUUCAACAGCCCUCCAGUGCCCCACGCACUCUUACCCCACGCACUCUUACCCCACACACUCUUACCCCACACACUCUUACCCCACACACUCUUACCCCAUGUGCUAGUACCCCACAGUCACUCACCCCAGAGUCAGAGUCACACACCCCGCAGUCACUCACCCCAGCCGCCUGAGGUCCUGAGUCCCACUAAAAUGCCUCCUGACACCUUUUUUUAGCCCUAACUGACCCCUUCCACCCUCAACUGCCCCCAGACUUUAAUCCACUUGCCCCUCCUACCUUUAAAUCUGUCCCUUUUCAGAUUUAACUGGAAAUUCAGGUUUAAUAAGAAAGCGGAUGUUUCAUUUCGUUUAGCACGAUUUAUGAACAUUAUUUUACUCAUCAUUCUUCAUGGAGAAGUGACUUAACAUCACAGAUAUUUUUGGGACUUCAGAUGUUCUCACUGAGGCAGGAGAUGUCUCUAAAGGUCAAAGGUCACCAGUAAUCCUGGAUUUACGGCCAAGCAGCUUUUCAGAGGAUUUUCUUUUUUUUUUUUAAGGAUACGAUGAAGAUAACUCAGUGUCACCUCAUGUUUAACUUUACUCUUUAUUUAAUGACACAUUCAUCUGAAUGUAAACCGCAGUGCAUUAUGGGUAACACCCACCCUAAUGACCACUCCAUCAAAUACACACAAUCAAGAACAGUGUGUGUGUGUGUGUCUUAAACUAGUUCUCAUAAGAACACUAACUGCACAAAGCCAAAAGUGUCCUAAACCAAUUAUUGCUCCUACGACAUCACUUCCUCUUACAGGAGGGUUUAAACACAGGAUUAGUGUUAAUGUGUCCUCAAGUCCACAUCACUGAACACACACACACACACACACACACACACAUAACCACCUGAGUAAAAAGAAAUCAAUGUCUGACCAUUUUUUGUGGUGUGACGUCACAUCUACGCUAAAUAAAAUAUAUUAAACGUUUAAAAUUAUGCUAAUGUAAAGAAACAGUUCAUCUGUGUGUAUGUUUUCUUCAAGUUAAAUGAGGCGUAAAAACACUGGUGCUAAAUAACUAGUCAGUUUUUACCUCAGCUGUUAGCAAACAUUAGCCAGGAAGAAAUCAAAGCUGAACAAAAUCACAAAUUAUUACGAACUUUGAGAAAACUUUGAGCAAAACAGUCGGCUAGGUCGAGUGUGUUAGUGUGUUUAGUGUUAGUGACACGUAAAAUACACUAAAACAGAUCAACUACAGGUUCUAAAGUCACUGCUGUGACACAUCUGAUCCUCAAACACGCUGUGAAAAUGAAUUUAUGUGUUAGAGAAGAAACUCUGAGCUGAAGGAGUAAAGUGAGUUAGUGUGAGCUUCUGCUGCCACCUGCUGGCUGAACCGAACUGCAACUACUCCUCCUCCUCCUCCUUCUCCUCCUCCUCCUUCUUCUCCUCCUUCUUCUUCUUCUUCUUCUCCUCCUUCUUCUUCUUCUCCUCCUCCUCCUCCUCCUUCUUCUCCUUCUUCUCCUCCUCCUUCUUCUUCUUCUUCUCCUCCUUCUUCUUCUUCUUCUCC